GCCCGCCAACUGCCGGGCGGGAGUUUCCGCCGCCUCGCGGGCCGCCGCCGAGAGAAGUUGAGGGGCUCCGACCCCGCGCCCGCCGCUCGGGCGGCUCGCACCGGUUUUUUCACCUUUACAGUAUGGCUGAACUUUGAUGGAAAAAGAAGCAUAAAUCUAUUUUCACUAUGGAGGCAGGUUUGGCAGAUGGAGAACUUGACCAAACUUCACUUCUUGGUGAUAGCAAAGAUGUCUUUGGGCCAUCAACUGUGAUAGCAAGCAGUGACGAAUCUCAGCUUGUGACCCCAGUAAAGAUGAGUCAACGCCAAGGGAAAGAAGCUUAUCCAACGCCAACCAAAGACUCGUAUCCACCAUCUUUUAGUCCAGCAAGUCCUCAUAGCCAGGGGUUUGAAAGAGGAAAGGAAGACAUUUCUCAAAAUAAAGAUGACUCUUCACUUUCGAUGUCAAAGAGCAAGUCUGAAUCCAAACUCUAUAAUGGCUCGGAGAAGGACAGUUCAGCUUCAAGUAAGCUCACAAAAAAAGAAUCUCUUAAGGUGCAAAAGAAAAACUACAGAGAAGAAAAGAAACGAGCUACAAAAGAAUUACUCAGUACAAUCACAGAUCCUUCUGUUAUUGUUAUGGCUGACUGGUUGAAGAUUCGUGGUACUUUAAAGAGCUGGACCAAGUUGUGGUGUGUUUUGAAACCGGGGGUACUUCUCAUCUAUAAAACCCAAAAAAAUGGCCAAUGGGUAGGGACAGUCCUCUUGAAUGCCUGUGAAAUCAUUGAGCGUCCAUCAAAAAAGGAUGGAUUUUGUUUCAAACUUUUCCAUCCUUUGGAGCAAUCUAUUUGGGCUGUGAAAGGUCCAAAAGGUGAAGCAGUCGGAUCUAUAACUCAGCCUUUGCCGAGCAGCUAUUUGAUCAUUCGUGCAACUUCCGAGUCAGACGGAAGGUGUUGGAUGGAUGCUUUGGAGUUGGCUCUGAAAUGCUCUAGUCUUCUUAAACGGACAAUGAUCAGGGAAGGAAAGGAGCAUGACCCCAGCAUUUCAUCAGAGAACACGCAUGUGACUUUGUAUGGCUUAUUACGUGCUAAUAAUCUUCACAGUGGUGACAACUUCCAGUUAAACGAUAGUGAAAUUGAACGACAGCAUUUUAAGGACCAAGAUAUGUAUUCUGAUAAAUCUGAUAAGGAAAACGAUCAAGAGCAUGAUGAAUCUGAUAAUGAAGUGAUGGGGAAAAGUGAAGAAAGUGACACAGAUACCUCUGAGAGGCAAGAUGACUCAUAUAUUGAACCUGAACCAGUUGAACCUUUAAAAGAGACGACCUACACUGAACAGAGCCAUGAAGAACUGGGAGAGGCAGGUGAGGCUUCUCAAACAGAAACUGUUUCUGAAGAAAACAAAAGCCUUAUCUGGACUUUGUUGAAACAAGUCCGUCCUGGCAUGGACCUGUCCAGGGUAGUUCUGCCCACAUUUAUUUUGGAGCCACGUUCUUUCCUGGAUAAGCUUUCUGAUUACUAUUAUCAUGCAGAUUUCCUGUCUGAGGCUGCUCUUGAAGAAAAUCCUUAUUUCCGGUUGAAGAAAGUCGUGAAAUGGUAUUUGUCAGGCUUCUAUAAAAAGCCAAAGGGACUGAAGAAACCUUAUAAUCCUAUACUUGGUGAGACUUUCCGUUGUUUGUGGAUUCAUCCCAGAACAAACAGCAAAACCUUUUAUAUUGCUGAACAGGUGUCCCAUCAUCCACCGAUAUCUGCCUUUUAUGUUAGUAACCGAAAGGAUGGAUUUUGCCUUAGUGGCAGUAUCCUUGCUAAGUCCAAGUUCUAUGGAAACUCGUUGUCUGCAAUAUUGGAAGGAGAAGCACGGUUAACUUUCUUGAACAGAGGUGAAGAUUAUGUAAUGACAAUGCCAUAUGCUCACUGUAAAGGAAUUCUUUAUGGCACCAUGACACUGGAGCUUGGUGGAACUGUCAAUAUUACAUGUCAGAAAACUGGAUAUAGUGCAGUACUUGAAUUCAAACUAAAGCCAUUUCUAGGUAGUAGUGACUAUGUUAACCAAAUAUCAGGGAAACUUAAAUUGGGAAAAGAAGUCCUAGCUACUUUGGAAGGCCAUUGGGAUAGUGAAGUUUUUAUUAAUGAAAAGAAGACUGAUAGUUCAGAAGUAUUCUGGAACCCAACACCAGACAUUAAGCAGAGAAGACUAAUAAGAUACACAGUAAAGUUCGAAGAACAAGGAGAAUUUGAAUCAGAAAAACUCUGGCAACGGGUGACUCGAGCCAUAAAUGCCAAAGACCAAACAGAAGCCACUCAAGAAAAGUAUGUUUUGGAAGAAGCUCAGAGACAAUCUGCCAGAGACCGGAAGACUAAGAAUAUAGAGUGGAGCUGCAAAUUAUUUGAACUUGAUUCACUCACAGGCGAAUGGCAUUACAAGUUUGCAGAUACUCGCCCGUGGGACCCACUUAAUGAUAUGAUACAGUUUGAAAAAGAUGGUGUUAUCCAGACCAAAGUGAAACACCGCACCCCCAUGGUUAGUGUCCCCAAAAUGAAACAUAAGCCAACCAGGCAACAGAAAAAAGUGGCAAAAGGCUAUUCAUCCCCAGAACCUGAUAUCCAGGAUUCAUCUGGAAGUGAAGCUCAAUCAGUCAAACCAAGUACAAGAAGAAAGAAAGGCAUAGAACUUGGAGAUAUUCAAAAUUCAAUUGAGUCUAUAAAACAAACGCAGGAAGAAAUUAAAAGAAGUGUUAUGGUUCUUCGAAAUCACUUUACUUCAAGUACACCUGCCACGGAUUAUUUCCUGCAGCAAAAAGACUAUUUCAUCAUAUUCCUCCUGAUUUUGCUUCAAGUCAUAAUAAACUUCAUGUUUAAGUAGAAGUUCUUUACAGUGGACUUGAUGAGCUAGGUCUGGACUGGGACCAAUGUUCAAGCUGGUCGAUCUUUAUUAGAACAUCACAUUAUUUCUAAAACAAAAACCUUAGGAGUCUUUAUAUAGAGGUUUUGAAUUUUCAUGCCUUUCACCUUAACCGAAAUCAAGAUCUGUUCUCUUUAGUUAUUCAAGUGAGCUAUAUGUUAAGUGCCAGAAAUUUCCAGCUUUUGUGAGACUGUGUCUACAUGUGAUUAUAAUAAAUUCACAUGUACAAACACAAUUAUGUCUUCUGUAUACCUGACAGUGGUUUUUAUAUUCUGUAGUAUGUUCUGAGCUAUAGCAUUAAUGUUGUUCAUAACAAAAUGCUAUCAAUCUUAUAAAUACACAUAAUCUAUUUCUUCAUAAAAGAGAAACAAAAAACUUUAUCAUAAGGAAUUAUGAAUGGAAAUGAUGGAUAAUAGAUAUUAUAAGUAGUUGAAUAACAACUUAAAAAUAUCUUUAUUUCCAAAGCAUUCAGCUCAGUUGUCUUCAAAGAAACAGCAAGAAAAAAAGUAUGGUUAAUAUUUACAUAUUGAGGAAAAAGACGGCUCCUUGCUUUUUUAAAAGUUUACAUAAUUUUUAACCCCUAGAAUUUAAUAUUGCAGAUACAGAUAUGUUGUAUGUAUGGGUAUAUCAAUAUAAAAAACAGGGUGCAGCUAUUUGGAUCUCUUGAUUAUGCCUUUCUUAUAAUUACCACUCAGACUUGCUCAAAAAAAGGUGGGGGGUAUAGUCAAAAUAGAUUGCUGUCUGGGACCAGAGUGAUAGUACAGAGAGGAGGUCAUUUGCCUUGUAUGCUGCUGACUCUGGUUCAAUCUCCAGCAUCUCAUCCGGUCCCCUGAGCCCGUUUGGAGUAAUUCCUAAGCUCAGAACCAGGAGUAAGUCCUGAGCAACACUGAGGGUAGCCCAAAAACAAAACAAAACAAAUUGUUUGGUAUUUUUGU